CAGGAAGAGUUUUAACGAAUGUAAAAUUAAUUAAUACUUUACUGGUUUAAUAAUUUGUUAAUCAGCUGUUAGCUAGCUAAUGUUUAUUGGCUAAACAAAAUUCAAGCUUUUCGCGGUAAAACGUAAUAAUGUGAAAUGUGCCGUUUUUCAUAUACGGAGAUGGUCACACUGCAGCGUUGCCGCCUAACAGUCGCCAAUAGAUACUACGCACGCCGCAGUGGAAAUUGUGAUUUACAGUUAAAUUUAUAUACGCAUUGAUACACCACGAUGUUCAAAGUACUAAACGAUUAUUGCCAAUUGGCAAUAAUUGAACAUUUAAACUUGACCGACCAGAUGGCACUAUACGAAGCCUGUGAAGACGAUUCGGACGAUCUGAAUCGCAUACACAUCAAUCUGAUCUCUACCUGGAAUCAACAAACUUGCAUUGAACUUACUUCCAGGAAUUGUGAGACACUUAAAAAACAACCGAGCAUUAUUGAACACAUUUAUGUCCAGCCUCAGUGUGAAAGUGGAGGAAAUGGAGCUGCAGAGUGUACCAAUGGAAUUUUUGAGGAUCUGCGAAAAUUUCUGUUUACCCAGUGUACAAAUAUUAUCCUGUACAUUGGAUGACUCUCGUAGUCGUGUUGAGGCUCAACGAAUAAUGACGCACAUAUUUCCUGGGGUGCGCUGUAUGAAGCCUGAUCUUCCUAUUUGCUACUGCUCGAUGUCGAAGUGGACGCAGUUCCGGAAGCUAAUCGUUGUACAUCCGUACUUCGAACACCAUACUUAUCAUUUUUGUUUCCUUGGACAAUUACCGUCGAUUGAGGAAUUGGUUGCACCUGACGUCUACAUUAUAAAGCAUUCAUUUCAAGGAUUUAUGCAUUUGCCCAAUCUGCGAACAAUUACCAUUCGCGUGUCCGACGAAUUUGGAAAUAGAAACGAACCAUUGUAUGAUCCGCUUAUCACUCUCAUGGGUAUAGACCAAUACGGCGGUACUGAAGGCAAUACAGACAACAUACGCGGUUUGAUGCUGGACGGAGUUUGGUGCAUACAUUACGAUCUGUGCAAUGAGGUUAGAUCUUUCAGAAACCUUGUGCGACUGGAUCUCGACCGCAGGAGCUGUUCAAGUGAGAUAUGCCUGUGGGAAAUUGUAGCCCAAAGACCAUCGCUAGAGAUCCUGGAAAUAACACGUAUAGAACUUGGAUGUAACUUUUUUUCAUUGAACCGAUAUCUCAUGAACAUUACAAUGCACAAUCGUCAUGCUCCUUUGACUGUCAUUUACGCUAAUAUUGGCGAAAACGAAGGGCUGAUUCGUCGUCACUUCACGCAUCCUCAACUGCAACUUAUAUCGGGGCACAAAAAACCAAAAAACGUUCUUGGACCCAUUAUAAAAUUGGAGUUAACUCCUUUGUAUGAAACUUAACAAAUUAACUACGUUUCAAAUGUUUCCUCAGUUUUAAGUUUAUAGAUGAAUUAAGUAAUUAAGUUAAGUAAAGUUAAUUGGAAAGAAUUAACUCCAAUCGAACAAUAUUUGCAAUGGAAUGCAUUGUGGAGUGAAGUUUGUACGCCACAUUUAAAACACUU